UCUGGUGCGCACCGCCGCGAAACGUUCGCCUUCUGAGAAGGGAGUGUGCCUGGGGGCAGCCCUUCCUCUCUCUUUGAAAGGCAAAACCACCCAGGAUUGGGUCACAGGAACGGUGGGAGCUGUUUUCUUCUGGGCUCGGGAGCAGGACUUAGGUGUUACUCCUGGUUGGAGCAGCGAGCGUGCUGUAGCUUAUCCAUGUGCCUAGAUGCAGGAGGCUGGAGCGUGCUGUCAGCGCCACCAUGACAACAGAGAAGGGCCCAGCGGCAGACGCCGAGAGUUCGGAACAGCAGCAAGCAAAGGAGGAGGAGGAAGGAGCCGCCGAAACACCCAAGGGAGAGGCCUCUCCGGAGGAAGGGGCUCAGCAGGCCGCCGAGGGGCAGAAGCAGAAGGCCUCUGGCGGCGAUACACAGGAGGAGCCAGGCAAGAAGGAGCGCCGUGCCGCCGAGGGCCGCGGCCUCUCCCGCCUCUUCUCCUCCUUUCUCAGGAGGCCCAAGUCUCAGGUGUCCGAAGAGGACAAAGACCCCGAUGUGCCCACAGAGGGCGGAGGUGACCAGAAAGACGCGGGGUUAGGAGCCAGCCCUGAUGAAGAGAUCCUGGUGAAGGCCCCGAUUGCAGCUCCCGAGCCUGAGCUGAAAACUGACCCAUCGCUCGACCUCCAUUCCUUAAGCAGCGCCGAAACACAGCCUGCGCAGGAGGAGAGGAGGGAAGACCAGGAGCCGGACAGCAGAGACCUGGAGGGCAAGGAAGGAGGAGAAGCGAAGGAGGAGUGCACCAAGCCGGAGCCCAAACAGGAGACUCCAGAGACCAAAGCCGACAAGGAUUUGAAAGCUGCCCAGAGAGCUGUAAAGAGACACAGAAACAUGUACUGCAAAGUUGUCUUGCUGGAUGACACCAUCUUUGAGUGUGCUGUGGAUAAACAUGCCAAGGGGCAGGAUCUACUCAAGAAAGUCUGUGACCACCUCAAUCUCCUGGAAGAAGACUACUUUGGUUUGGCCAUAUGGGACACGCCGACCUCCAGGACAUGGCUGGAUCCUGCCAAAGAAAUAAAAAAACAGGUUCAUGGAGGCCCCUGGGAUUUCACCUUCAAUGUCAAGUUUUACCCACCAGAUCCUGCACAACUGACAGAGGAUAUAACGAGGUAUUACUUGUGUCUUCAGCUUCGACAAGACAUCGUUACGGGGCGGCUGCCUUGUUCGUUUGCGACUUUGGCUCUGCUGGGCUCGUACACAGUGCAGUCCGAAUUGGGAGACUAUGACCCUGAUCUACACAGCGCAGAUUAUAUCAGUGAAUUUAAAUUGGCCCCAAACCAGACUAAAGAGCUUGAAGAGAAGGUUAUGGAACUUCAUAAAACAUACAGAUCCAUGACUCCAGCCCAAGCAGAUCUGGAAUUUCUUGAGAAUGCAAAAAAGCUGUCCAUGUACGGAGUUGACCUUCACCAAGCCAAGGACUUGGAAGGAGUGGAUAUCACUCUGGGAGUCUGUUCCAGUGGCCUUCUUGUUUACAAAGAUAAGCUGAGAAUCAACCGCUUUCCUUGGCCCAAAGUCCUGAAGAUUUCCUACAAACGCAGCAGCUUCUUUAUUAAGAUUCGGCCAGGGGAGCAAGAACAGUACGAAAGUACAAUUGGAUUCAAGUUACCGAGUUACCGGGCAGCAAAGAAGCUGUGGAAAGUUUGUGUUGAGCAUCACACGUUUUUCAGGCUGACUUCCACCGAGGCCAUCCCCAAGAGCAGGUUCCUGGCACUGGGCUCCAAGUUCCGCUACAGCGGCCGAACGCAGGCGCAGACCAGGCAGGCGAGUGCCAUGAUCGACAGACCUGCGCCCCAGUUUGAGAGGACAGCGAGCAAGCGGGCCUCCAGGAGCCUCGACGGAGCUAAACGUGCGACUCAAAAAGUUGAGUUCAGAGCCGUAGAGGAAGAGAAGCAGGAGGAGGUGGUGGUGGUUGAGGUUCCCGAACCAAAACCCGCGGAUCAGUUCCGAGAGAAGCCAGCCAAGCACACGCUUGAAAAUUUUGAAAUGAAACCCAUUGCAGAGGAGGAAGAGGAGGAGGAGGAGAAGGUAGAGGUGGCUCAGGUUCCCGUUGCCAAGCCAAAGCCGCCAGAACCGUUGCAGAAGCGGUCAGCAGUGGCAGUGAUAACACCCGAGAGGAGCCCCCGGCCCACCUCCGCCCCGGCCAUCGCCCAGAGCCACCUCGCUGAAGCUGUCCCAGCUAAGCCCGAUGCGAAGGAAGCCAUCGCUGUGUCCAAAGCAGAAAAGGAAGCAGUGAAAGCUGAGACCAAGCGUGAGGAGAUCCCACCAGAGAGAGCCAAGGCAGAGCCAGCUGAUGCAUCCAAGGUGAGGAAAACGCACAUUGAGGUCACAGUACCCACCACGAAUGGUGACCAGCCCCAGCAGCAGCCUGCAGAAAAAGAGGAAGAACUGAUAAGAAUGAGGAAGAAAAGAUCAAAGAGACUAGAUGGUGAAAACAUUUAUAUCAGGCAUAGCAAUUUAAUGUUGGAGGAUCUAGAUAAGACCCAGGAAGAAAUAAAGAAGCACCACGCCAACAUCAGCGAGUUGAAGAAGAACUUCAUGGAGUCUGUCCCGGAGCCUCGGCCGAGUGAAUGGGACAAACGUUUGUCCACUCACUCCCCCUUCCGAACGCUGAACGUCAACGGGCAGAUUCCCACGGGAGCGGACGGAGUCAAGAAAGUCACUGUCCUAUCUUCUGAGAGACAGGUUGGUGGGCUUGAGAAUAUGAGUGACUUUCUCUCCAGAGAGGAUGUGGCUGCAGUGCCAGAGAGGAAAAGUGUUAACACUGGCUUUGAAUGGGAGGGCCCAAAGCAGUCGGUAGCUUUUAGUGAGACCCAAAUGCCACCCGCCUCAGAGCCUUCUCCGAGCCGUGACUUUGGCGCUUCCUCCAUAAGCAGCGAGGAGGAGAAGGACGAGGAGGAGGAGGAGGAGGAGGAGGAGAAGGAGAAGGAGGAGGCUGCCCCCAGCCUCCCUGAGGGCCAGGAGGACCCGAGCUGCGCCGAGGGGCUUUGUGCAGCCGUGGAAAAGCAGGUGGCUGACUCAGAGCUGCCUGAGCUGGAGCCCGCAGCAGUCCCUGCUGCCCCUCCGCCGCAGCCCUGGGGACGAGAGGAGGUGGCAGAGGAUGGCGAAGACAAUUUUGUGGGAGAGCCGCUUAGAAAGCUAAAUGGCGAGCGGCCCGACUCGAGCGUUAAUAACGGGCUGCCGGCGGUCAUUCGCUGCUUCCAGCCGCCCCUAGUGAAGACACAGACAGUCACCAUCUCCGACGUGUCCAAUGCUGUCAAAAGCGAAAUUCCAACAAAAGAAGUCCCCAUCGUUCACACGGAGACUAAGACCAUCACCUACGAAGCUGCACAGACGGAUGGUGGCAAUGGAGAUUUAGACCCUGGCAUCCUGCUCACUGCUCAAACCAUCACUUCAGAAACCACCAGCAGCACCACCACCACGCAGAUCACUAAGACUGUAAAAGGUGGCAUUUCAGAGACGCGGAUUGAAAAGAGGAUUGUCAUCACAGGAGAUGCAGAUGUAGACCACGACCAGGUGCUAGCGCAGGCCAUAAAAGCGGCGAAGGAGCAGCACCCAGAUAUGUCGGUGACCAAAGUGGUCGUGCACCAGGAGACCGAGAUUGCAGAGGAGUAGCAAGGCUGUGAAGCGUUCCUUCCAGACAACACCAGGAAAAAGAAACCCAGCAAAACUACAGAAAAACUACCUGGAGCACAAAGACCUCGGAUUUACAAGACUUUACACUCAGAGACUGAACAUUCAUAUCAUUUAUUAGGAGUUGCGCUUUGACAUUUUACUUGUGAUUUUCCAGAAUCCACUGGAUCCUCUUGGAUAUAGUUCUUUUUUAUAUAUAUAUUGUGACAAACAGUAUGCCAUAUUUCUAACUGUACUGAAUAUUUUUUACAGGUUUUCAAUUUUGCAUUCCCUCUCACGCAUAGCCUCUUCAGAUACAGGCCCAAACAUGAACUGCAGGGCUCAAAGGGUUGGUUUUGUGUUCCUUUUGUUUUUAAGUCUUAUUCCCUCAGCCUUGUCAGGUAUAAUGGAGAUAAGCCACACCAACACAUAGCCCGAGCGCAGAAUCUGUGCUCGUGUUCAUAAAGCAAUGGGUCCUUCUGCCAGAAGAGUCAGUUUAAAAGGUCGGACUUGAGUUUGUGCAGCAUUUCCACUUGCCUCUUGAUUUUUAGCUCUAGGGAGUUUGAGACUCCAGCCGGGAUACGGGGGCACCCAGAGCUUCUACCUUCACUUUGAGUUUCCUUACCUUUGGGUUUCGGACCCCGAUGUUUGAACGCAGUAGGGUUGUGUGGUGUAGCAUAUGCACACAAAUUAAUAGUUGGCUAGAUUUAAGGAAUACUGGAAGUUGCUUCGAGUAUCUUAUACUGUGAAUUCUAGAGCUUUAAGGGGACUGUGAUAGGCACCUCACCUUCCUCCUGUGCAUCUCUGCCUGUUUGUGUUUUGUAGAUGCCAUUAUAUUAAAAAGCCCUUAGAAGUGUGUGUUUAAGGUGUUUGGACUCUGAAUGCUAUUAAGGUAGGCUUAUGCAGCAUUCACAGUAACUGAGUUUUUUCAGUGUCAUAGUUUUUCACUUGUUGGUGUUAAUUUUGUUGAUUUUUAAAUGUGUUUUUUUUGUGUGUAAGUCAUGGGUUGGGUGUUUUUUUUUUCUCCCCCUUGCCAGUGCUUAUUUAAAGCUAAACACAUUACCCAUAUAUCAGGGCAAGGUGUUAUAUCCUACUACCAUUUAAUUUAAAAUCCUUUAGACAAUCCUUCCCUAGGCCUGCAAGCUGUAUGUGGAGAGGCUGAACAAGCAACUGGGAGGUGUCAGGUGUUGCUGGUUGUGAUAAAGCCAAUCCAGCACACGUGGGAAGUGCUGACACCCCCUCUUGGUUUAAGGGUCUGUACUUCGUUUGGAUUUGUGACCGCGUUGCUGGAAUGAAAUACCAGGGCUGGCAUCUGCAUCUUUGGGCUUAGCUUACAGACCACAUACAAAACGUCUUUUUUUUUUUUAAAAAAAGGAAAAAAAAAAAGUGCAUAGUGCUUGUUUAGUUGACACUCCAGCCAUCCGAACCACACAAAUGCACAUCAUGGCCUCUUCCUGCAGUCACUGCUGGAGUGUCCUGCAGGGGCUGUCACCAGCCAGGUGGCGAUGACCCCAAAACUCACCGCUUCUCCCCGCCUGCCCCUCGGGCUGGGUGCGCUUCCCUCCACCGCUCCGGGGCUGAGCGCUCGCUGCUGCUUCCUGAGCUUCGUGGGCAUGCCCUGGUUUCUCCUUCCAGCACUUAAAAAGGAAAAGAAAAAAGGAAAAAAUAUGUAAAGUCUGCCCAGACACUUGUGAAGACUUUGAGGUUGUGAUUAUUUUAUUUUUUUAUGUAGUGUGGCACAUUGGUAGCUGAGGGCGUGGAGUGCUUCGCUGCUGCUCCUCAGUCGAGGACGGGAAGAAAAUGGCAAUAAAAAAAGCUCUCUGCUAUUUUAAAUUUGAAUAAUUUCUUUCAGAAGUCACUGGAUUUAGCUCAGGCUGCAAGGACUUGCUGUUUAGCCAAAAAAACAGCCUUCGAACUACACUGUGGCUGAGUGUAGCUUCUCAGGUUCAGGUGCAAUUUUAAUUAAGCUGUCAGUAUUGACUGGAGCCCAUGCUGAAAACACUGGAGCUGCUGGAUUUUUGCUUUCCUUGAACCUUGCUGGUUGUGGGUGCCCCUGGGCCUGCAGCCUUCCCAUCCUGGUGGCUGCGCGGGGGGCUCGGUGCCCUCCUGCACUGCUCUGCCUCUGCGUGCAGGCACCUUCUCCUCGCUGCGAGCACCCCAAGCAGCAGGAAUUAGGGAGCCCAGUGCUCCACUGCUGCAGGGGGGAGAUCACGUCUUCCUCUUCAUGCCUGCACAGCCCUCUGCUUCCUUUCCUGCACCACAGACCCUUUACUAGGUCAGUGUCUCUGCUCUGUCCUGGACGUAGUUGGGUAACACUUGCCUUAAACACCCUUCGCACUGCGCAGCUGUCUGGUGAUGCCCAUUUUCUAGGAUUUUAUUUUAUUUUUUGCCACUCGCUCGCUCCUUCUCGCCCCGUAGCCGCUCACUGAUGGGUAAAUGGGCAGUGAAGGGCAGAGCAGCCAUUAAGAGGAUUUCUGAGCUCUCCCAGACAAAGCCAGGGGUGAAUUAAGUUUGUCCGUAGCACUUAAAGGCACUUGGCAGGCACAGGCAUUUAGGGGGACGUGGGGCACGGCUGAUGCUUGGCCCUUGGUGUUCAGCUGGGGGUCCUGAGCCCUGACCAGAGCAAAGCACCCCACGUGGGAGCUUUCUAGGCUGCAAAACCCACUGCCACCAGCGGCAGCUCCUUACCCAAAGGGCUGCAGGAACGUGUGCUUACCAUGGCCGCGCAUGCCCCUUUUUUAAGUGGGCAUAGAAUAGAAUAACCCUUUUUUUCUUUUUUUUUUUCGUUUAUUUUGGGUGGCUGUUUCCACGUUACUCGCACUCACACUCCCCCCUUUUAAGUUCCUGCUUUCCUCGCCUGUUCCAAACCAGUUGGCCCCGGGGUCCUCCUUGGGGCGAGUGCGCUCGCUGGAGCAGCCUUUAGCCAUGCUCGUUGGGCAUCAGCCGACAUUUCCCUGACAUUUUCCCCGGAUCUGACCCCAUGGCAGGGGGGACCCUCUCCCACAGCCACCCCAGCCCAGCUGGACAGAGCCUGGGCAGAAGAGAAAAGCUCCCUGCAGCUGCUGCCCCCAGGCACCCCCUCCUCCUACACCGCGCUUUUAAGAACUUGGCUCCCGGCGUGCUGCGUUAGUCCCAGGGACAAAACAACCCGGUAAGGUCUAUUUUUAUGAACGUUCCCAGCUCUUCCCACUCUACAAAUUCACCCGGAGACUGUCUUGAUUGUAUAAUAUACAUUAUAUGGAAGCUAUUUAUAUAUGAAUGAAUGUUUUUAUAGAAAGGAAGGCGAGGAGCUCGUGACCUGGUCGCAUCCAUUAAACUGGAAGGGCAGCGCCGGCUGCCGCACAGCAAGCUCUGAACAACAGUGGUGUUAUCACAGGACCGACUGAUUUCUGGUUUUAAUAAACUGUGGUUUGCUGAUUUCCUAAUUGUACAAUUACCUUAAGAGGUGGUAGUGCCCCGACCUUAGAGAUUAAACUUGUAAAAAAAAAAAAAAAAAAGAUUUAGUUGAGAAUAUGAAGGAGCUUUGUAAAGUUUUUUUAAGGCAAUUGUGAAUUGUCUAGGCUAGCUGUUUACAUUCUUCUUUAUAAAAAUAGGGACUUUUAAAAUUGGCAAAUCUUUAUAGAUUAAUAGCGAUGGGAGCUGUUAUUUUGGACUUUCAUAGUAAAUCAAAGGGAAAGUGGCCGUAGCAUUUAGGCAGACGUAAGUGUUCAGUAUUGCUUCUUGUAUUGCAUUUUUCAAUAAAUUUUCAAACAAAACCGUC